UUAAGAGGCAGAAACCUCGUGCAGAACCAGACCCAAAGGUGGGCGGCCAUCCGCCGCUGUCGGUGGGGAAUCUGGUGUUAAAACCAUGGACUCAAUGUCAUAGUGGGAAUACUGUCUACUCCAAACACUUUUACGGCCUUCAAACGUAUGAUUUGUGUUGUGUGCUGUGAAUAGCUGUUUGCAAUGCUUCAGGUUCUCCUGGCCUGCCUGUGGGGAUGAUCACACCCUUUUGUCAAACACACUGAUGAUACCAACCUGUGGAAACUGAGGACACCAGCUGGACGCUGCCUGCCAUUACAGCACAGUUGACAUAACUCAGUUUGAUUUAAAAAAAAAAAAAAAUGCACACCUUUAAUUUCAGUAGCAUCUACACCAGCCUCAAAUAAAAACAUGGAUAAAUGUGAAAGAGGCAUGGGACUUCUCUGCUUCUUGCUGUUACCUCUCGCCGCUGCUGCACGCGUCAGGUCCUCCCUCCCCAUCCUCACUGAGUCCGCCCUCCUCUCCUCAGCUCCGGUCCGAGGAAACCAGCAGCAGCAGCAGACCUGUGCAGGGGAAACAGUUUUUCUCUUUCAUCUUUUUUAAACCGCCACAACCGGAUGGGAGACAAGCCUGCAGGCGUCCUGUAAGACCCAGCUGGCGGUUGCUCGCUGCUGCAGAGCGUUUCCACACUUGCCCGCUGAGCGAAGCAGGAAGGGAACCAUGAUUGACCUGAGCCACCUGACGGAGGAGGAGCAGGGGGUGAUUAUGACGGUGCUGAGGAGGGACGCCGAACUGAAGAAGGCUGAGGAGGAGAGAAUCAGCAAACUGGAGAAAAUGCUGAACAGUGGCUCACAGUCAGACACCAAGCGGAAGUACCUGACCGGAGAGUGGUUUUACGAGGCCAAGUCUCGGAGACACACGGACAAGAUCCACGGCUCGGAAAUCAUCCUGGCCUCCAUGAAACCGAGGAAAGCUGGUUUAGACGGGUCUCUUAGAAUUGAAAGAUCCAAGACGCCUAGCAGUCAAGGUUCAGACAUCGUUGCUCCACCAAAACCUGCCAGAUCUUUGGAGACACUACAGCCACAGGAAAUCAAUGAUGCAGAAAAAGAGAAUCUCAUUUCAGCGGCCCACUCUCCAAGAACGCCAAGGCACAACCCUUUUAACCGUGCUUCCCUUAUUGUUGUUGAGCCACCUCAAAAUAAUAACGACAUGUCAACCGGUCGGGACCAGGAGUCAUCCGAGACAGAGCCCAUAUCUCCACUGAAGAGCCACCCAGCAGGAGAAGCCAGUCAGACUUCAGGGGGCUCCGUCACAUCAGAGGGCUCCUCUGUGGGGUUCAGGCCGGUGCCAAAGAAGAGGACAUUUCACUCAAGACGUACCUCCAGUCAGUCAGAAAGCAAUGGUCCGGGAUUAGACGCUCAGGUGGGGUCAGUGGGGGUCGUUCCUGCUCCAAGACGGAGCCUUCAGCGAGGGUCCAGUGUGAGCUCUAACCAGUCCUACCUGAAGGGCCAAGAUGAAAUGCCUCAGAAAAGUAUAGCAUCUAAUCAAGUAUCUCAGUCUGCUCUGCCAUCCAAAUCUUUAGAUGAAAACUCCCAGCAGCCACUCUGUGAUGUAUCUCAGGUUUUGCCUAAUUCCAGUGUGGCGAGAGAAAGAAACCCACCUUCUAUAACAAGAAACAGGCCAGAUUCCUCCAACGACUCUCACCCAAACAUUUUAGCUAAACUCUCUCAUCCUUCCACUGCAACUCACAACCUGCACGAUUUCAGACCAGCCACAAACACCAGGAGUGAUGCGCCCACUGACAGAGAAAUCCCACAGAAGAGCUAUGAACGAGAUGAUCAGACACAAAGUCAACAUGAAGUGAUGAACGCUGUCAUUCUGCACACUGGCAGCAUUCAGGAUUCAGACAGAGAAAACAGUGUGGGAACAGCAACGAGGCAGGAAGAACUGAGUUUGACCCAAAGCACUGUGGGUCCAGAUCCUCCAGUAUCUUAUGAUCUCAACUUCAUUGAUAAGUCUGAUCAGCAAACCCAGAAGAAAUCAAAUCAGAAAGACGUGUUUAAAUUAUCCACUCAGACCACCAGUCCCACUGUUGAUAAGGAGUCUAUCGCGAAGGUGCUGGACUGGUUCAGCCGCAGCACAGACAGCAUUGAUUGGCUAAAUACAGAAGACAGUCCAGAGGCCACAACGAGCUCUGACAAACAUGUAGAAAUCAGCAAAUUAAGAGGUGAAGAUUCAUUAAGAAAAGAUUCUGAGGAUAUUAUAUGUGAUGGAAAGAAGGAAUCUCUUGAAAUGAAGAGAAGUCACUUACAAAGACAGACCAAUGAGGCUAAGGAGUUAAGAGUAACAGACAGAACAGGCAACAAGGAGCUGACCGAAACAGAAGAAGAAUCUAUCAAGGAUACCGGAGAGAGAAUGCAGCAACAGGAAGUUAAAGAUAAUAACAAUGAAAGCCAACCACCCCAAAUCUCUCAUCUGAAGUCAUUCUGGGAGAAAAGGAACACAGGCCCUAAAAUACUUAUCAGCAAAUCAAUCACGCCCAGCGACAAAGGACAAAAACCUGCUCACGUCUUGGCGGGGAAAGAUGAGGAGAAAGUGAACAAACCCCACAGAGUGUCUGAUAUGCCCUCUGUGCCUGGAAUACACAAUGGGAAGGGGAGUAAUGAUAAGUUCGCCUCAGAUCAUAGGGGUGACAGAGAACAACAGCUGGUAAUCAGUCCACAGAAAGAUACUGGAGACAAUGUUCGCUUAAAUAAUAACCAGGGGGUAGACAGUACUUCAACUCAAAGGAACAAUAAUGAUCCAACAUACAACUCAGAUUACUUCAAGUUAGCAGCCAGUCCCCAAGUAGCUGACAGUGGAGGUUCAGACACUGAGAUUUUAUGUGUAACCAGACUUCCACAGUCAAAGACACCCAUCCAGUCCAGACUCUGUCCAGAGUCUGAAAGCUUCUCCUUAGUCAAACCAUAUCCACAACCUGACAGUAUUUCCCAAUCUAGAGAAACCCAACUGCAAGAUGAGCUGUCCAAGCAGCUGGAUACAGAUCUCCAAACAAGAAACAGCCCAGACACUGAGAAGCUCUAUUUGUCCAGAAACAGCCCAUACGUGGACUACAAGCAAGGCGGGAAUGAUAUACAAAUCACCCCCAAAACACAAAUGCGUAGAGGUUCAAGUGAAGAUGUAAAGAGGAGGGACAAUGAGGAUAAAAGCAUGCAAUCGGGCAUGUCUCCUGAACGAAAGGAGGAUAUAUCUAAUAAAGACAGAAGUAACAGUCCUCACUUAAACAGACAAGGUUUACCACAUCAAGAAAGUACAGCAGAGAGGAUAAAGCAGCUCAAAUCUUUCUGGGAGCAGGAGAGGAACAAGCCCAUGUUUUACACCGGAAAACCUAAAGCUAGUGGGGAUGGUAAAGUCGCUCGUGGUGCAAAUCAGGCUAAACUGAAUAAAAGAUUUACAAAGUCGGAGUAUGACCUGAGGUCUAUUGGAAAUGAUUCAGGCAGCGAUGAGGAAGACUCUGAGAGAAAUCAUCAUCAUCAAUUUACUGUCCUUCCUUUGAAUCAGAGGAUAGAAAAGUUGUCCCCUAGCCUGGGCACGAGCCGAACACAAUUUAACACUCUGCGUGAGUUCUGGGACGAGGCCACGUCAGAUAUCAAGGGAUCAUUUUCCUUUGACAAACCCAAAAGCCCCAAGAGGAAAGAGCCAUUAAGUUCCCAGCUUCCAUCUCAGGAGUUAAAAUGUGGUGACCCUGAGAUUUACCGUGUAUAUACUGCUUUCGAGAAAACAGCUGUCAUGAAAUCAUCUCCUCAGAAUCGUUCAAAGUCGCCUCAUGAUAGACAGACAGGGUCAAGGGCAACGAAUGACGGCAAAAACAACCUGUCUAAUUAUACGACCGCUGAGUCGGGCCAGCAGAGAGAGUCCAAAAGGAGCUCAAAAGACUAUAAUAGAGAUGAGAAAUCCAUGAAACCACAAAGCAGUUCAGGAAAAGAGACUCGUUCUCCUAAGAGCAGAAAAGACAGCUUCAGCAAUUCGAGCAGUCGUGGGAAUUCUAUGCGUCGUGCCACCAGCAUGUUCACUCUGAGUGUUCCUGAUGAAAAAGAUCAAACCCAGCUUAAAAUGGAUGUAAGCCCUGUCCACUCCCAGAGUCGAAAGCAGAGGCAGAGCCCCGAAAAAGGCGCCGUGCCGAGAAGAUCAUCAGAAGAAACUGAGCCCCUGACUCCACGUGCACGGGCAUAUGUUCCCAGAGACUACCGGCAUUACCUGGGCAUGACAGAUAAGACCAGCAACCACACCUCCCUCGUCCCGGCUGUGAAGGACGAGGGGUCAGAGGGCAUGUCUGGGUAUGGAUUUGACCUGGGUGGGCCGGUGAGGGCCAGUACUCCAAUGAGCUCAGAGGAGCGUUACAGCAGGAAGGGCAGCAAGACGAGUCAGCGCCCCCUGUGGGCAAACUACAGCAGUUCAGACACAGGUCCGGAGUCAUCUGUGAGCAGCACAGAAACCUGGUCCAACUCAAGGAACAGUUCAAACCGUGAGAAUGAUGAUGAGGGCCAACACCCUGUAAGGAAAGCAUUGAGGCGAGCAGAAGCACGGCCUAAAAAUCUGGCUAAAAGUAUGGAGGACAUCACAGCAUCCUUAUCACCACGUCAAGAAAGAAGGCAAGACCCAAUAGCUGACAUGAGACGCAUUAGUGAUGUCAACCUCUCUUUAGUUUCAUCCAUCCCGUCACCCUCCUCAUCCUUAUUUUCGGAUCCAGAGCACCUGAAGAAGAUGAGCAAAUCCGUUCCUUCGUUCUUACAGAACGAGGACAUCGACAGAGACACUGACGAGGACAGUUACCACCCAGGAAGACUAAUGAUGGGCAACUCUUUGACUAACCUCACCAGCUCCUCUGGCAUGGCGUCUGUGUCGUCUGUAUGUUCACACACAGCACUGAGUGGAAGUGUGAUGACCAUGUACAGCGCGGACUUUGGGAAUGUGGAGGUUCAGGGAAACAUCCAGUUCUCCAUCAACUACAUUCAGAGACUCAGAGAGUUUCACAUCUUUGUGGCUGAGUGUCAAGACUUGGCUGCAGUCGACCCAAAGAGGGGCCGCUCAGAUCCGUAUGUCAAAAGCUACCUGGUCCCUGACAAAGCGAAUCUGGGAAAGAGGAAAACAUCUGUAAAAAAGAAGACACUAAAUCCAACUUUCAAAGAGAUUCUCAGAUAUCGUGUGCGCAUGGAGUACCUCCGAACCCAGACGCUCAUUCUGUCCGUUUGGCAUAACGACACCUUUGGCAGGAACAGUUUCUUGGGCGAGGUAGACGUGGACCUCUCCAAGUGGGACUUUGACCACACCCAGAUGAACUACUUAGCCCUGAAAGCAAGGACUACACCCACUCUAGCACCAUCAAAUGGUCGAGGAGGAGAGAUGAGACUGGCCAUACGUUUCCUGCCACAGAUCAUCCACAGUGAAGGAUUAGCUAAGGAGGGUCCAAACACCGGAGAGGUUCACAUUUGGGUGAAAGAAUGCAAGAACCUGCCUCUAAUUCGGGCCACCAUUGAUCCAUAUGUUAAGUGCUUUAUGCUGCCAGACACGAGCAGGAAGAGUCGCCAGAAGACACGUGUGCUGCGGAGGACGGUAGACCCAGCGUUCAACCACACAAUGGUGUACGAUGGCAUCAAAGAGGCUGAUCUGGCAGAAGCCUGCGUGGAGCUCACUGUCUGGGACCGAGACAGGCUAGCCAGCAACCUGCUGGGGGGCCUGAGGCUUGGAGCUGGAACAGGCAGAAGUUAUGGAGCAGUGGUGGACUGGAUGGACUCAACUCCCUAUGAGGUGGCCCUUUGGGAACGCAUGAAGGCCACACCGAAUGAAUGGGUGGAGGACGUACUCCCAAUAAGAAUGCUGAGCUCUGCCAAAACUGCUUUCAAAUAAGUAAAAGUAUACCAAACUGCAAAGACAGAGUGUUUUUGAGAGGUAAAAACACACAGUAAAUUAACUGUUUUAUAGAUACAGUGCAUUGAUUUAAGAUUUCUAAGGAUUUCAAAAAUCAUAAAGUAAAGACACUGGAGUGAAAAUUGGAAUCAACCAUGUAGCUGUAAUUUUUAGCAACCUGUGGUGCAACCUAACAAAGCAAUUUCCUAAAAAGGGUGGCACUGUGAACACUUCGGGAUCUCUAUGAAACGCCACAGGUGCUCAAGUAAAAGAGGAACUAUUGGUACAAGAGAGUGAGUUGUUUAUGAAUCUAGAGACUGGCACAGCUGUGAGCUUUUAUUCGGGAAUGAAAAUAAGACAUUUAAGACACCUGCUGAUAAACAGUACUGUAUGUGUUGGCUUUUGCCUUUUUAAGGGUGUUCAAACAAGAAUGUCACUGGACAAAAAGCAGCACUGAGGCACACAGGGAAAGGUAAUCAAGAAACCAUACAUCGAUCACACUACAAUAAACCCUCGAUAAAAACUGACUAACAUAACAAAGGUAACAAAAUACAAAAAAAAAGGAAAAAUCUGAGCAGAGGAUCUGUUGAUAAGCAAGUAUAGCUUUAAUUAAUAUCCACACACAAAGCAUGUUCUUGAUUACAUAUAUAUAAAUGCUCUUUGUUGAGUGGUACUAAAACAACUACAUCUUGGCCUUGUGAAAAACAGCUUUUAAUACCCACAGUUGUACCAGGAUCUGGAUUUAUAUCCUUUAACACUAUAUACAGUAAGUCCGCCAUUUUGUUUUGUAAAGUAAUUUGUUUGUUGCCCCCAAUGUGCAACACACCUGUUUAUAUCUCAUGAUCCAAAUUAUCAAGAUAUAAUCUCAGUUAGCUUUUUGUAAGGCUAAUAUAAUAUCAACAGUAAGACAUGUGAUAGCAAACAGUGGGAACAAUAAAAGUGCUUUGCAUUGAAAAUGUACUGAUGUUUAUUUAUAUUAUUCAAAUGUCCACAACAAUAAAUAUUUUCAGGGUAACUUCACUUUGAAAUAGAAAAAGAACAUUUCUGCUCAAAAUCAGAGACUUUACAUGAUCAUACAUCAGAAUUUAGAUUUCAGUGAGUGUGUGUUCUUUUUUGGAUCUCAGUACUUUUAAUUUCUAGCAUUUUUGACAUUCUGGUUUUCUGUAGUAUUUCUUUUUCUUUUUUUUUAUUAUCCCAAUACCUUAAAGCUUUGGCCUUUGAUCUGUAAAUUUCCAUUUAGGAACUUAACUUUGACAAAUCUUUUGUUAAGCAAUACUAAGACACUGGGUGAUGUAUUUUUCACUGCACUGGACCUUUAAGAAACCUACCCUAUUGUAUCUAUCUUAUGUCAAACUGUCCCUAACUACCUUUUGAUCACUUAAGUGUGGGGGUAAAGCUGUAUCUUCUGAAAACACUUAUUUUGACAGUAUUGCUAUAAAUCUAAUUGAAUUUGACCUCAUAUCUGACAUGUGAUGAAAUGUUAUGGUAUGUUAAAUAAAUUAAAUGCAGAACA